GGGUGUCCAACUUCUUCGGACGAGUCCACCUCCGAUUCAGAGCGGCUUCGGCGGUCGGGGUGGCGAGGACCUCAGGCGGCGGGAGGGAUGAACGCGACGCACGGAGGAUCGGUGCGGACGUUGCGGGUGCCUGGUCGCCACGGCUACGCCACCGAGUUCUCCCCGUAUCUGCCCGGCCGGCUGGCCUGCGCAGCCGCGCAGCACUACGGCAUCGCGGGCUGUGGAACCCUGCUAAUACUGGAUCAAAAUGAAUCUGGCCUUAGGCUCUUUAGAAGCUUUGACUGGAACGACGGUUUGUUUGACGUGACUUGGAGUGAGAACAACGAACACGUGCUGGUCACCUGUAGUGGGGACGGCUCGCUGCAGCUCUGGGACACUGCAAAAGCUGCAGGGCCACUGCAAGUCUACAAGGAGCACACUCAGGAGGUUUACAGCGUUGAUUGGAGCCAAACCAGAGGUGAACAGCUUGUGGUGUCGGGUUCAUGGGAUCAAACUGUCAAACUGUGGGAUCCAACUGUUGGAAAGUCUUUGUGCACCUUUAGAGGCCAUGAAAGUGUCAUUUAUAGCACAAUCUGGUCUCCCCACAUCCCUGGUUGCUUUGCUUCAGCCUCAGGUGACCAGACCCUGAGAGUCUGGGACGUAAAGUCGGCAGGAGCCCGAGUCGUGGUUCCUGCACACCAGGCAGAAAUUCUGAGCUGUGACUGGUGCAAAUACGAUGAGAAUUUGCUGGUGACUGGGGCAGUUGAUUGUAGUUUGAGAGGCUGGGACCUGAGGAAUGUUCGACAACCAGUGUUUGAACUUCUUGGCCACACCUAUGCUAUCAGGAGAGUGAAGUUUUCACCAUUUCAUGCUUCCGUACUGGCCUCUUGCUCAUAUGACUUUACUGUAAGAUUCUGGAACUUCUCAAAACCUGACCCUCUUCUUGAAAUAGUGGACCAUCAUACAGAGUUUACUUGUGGUUUAGAUUUAAGUCUUCAUUGUCCUACUCAGGUGGCCGACUGUGCUUGGGACGAAACGAUAAAGAUAUAUGAUCCUCUUUGUCUUACCGGGCCUGCUUGAGACGUACUAUGAGACGUCUACCCUGGUCAGAAACAGAGGAUGUUGGCUGAAGAACUGCUUACCAGGAAAUAAACUGACUGUUGAUAACAUAGUCAUUAUUAUGCCUUUACAUGCUGUUCAGAUUUCAAAUUUUAUAACUUUACCCUGAACUAGUUUUGAGGCAGCUGAUCAAGACUGGCUCACCACUUAAGCCUCAUGCAUAAGCCAUAUUUGUUAAAAUUCUAAGGAAUAAUUGAUGUUAUAGUAUAUCUUAUAGAAUCCAUGAAAAUAUAACCUCUCUGUUAUAAAAUGAAUGGAAAUACGGGAGAUCCAUAGAUUAUUUGACAUAUUUUAUUUUUAAUUUGUCUUUUUUGAUGUAAAAUAUAAUUGCUGCUGUUGAUAAAAAUUAGAAUAAACUGCAUCUCUUGAUCGUCUGUCAUUUUAUGCA